AGAACAUACAGAAUGAAAGCAGAGCAGAUAGACGGAGUCCUAAGAGGUGAAUAAGAGAGAGAGAAAACAAGAAAGGCAGCAGGAGCAGGAGAGAAAGAGGCGAUGAGGAGAAGAAAAAAGUACAUUAAUUGAAGUUGACAAAAGCAAAAGAGCAGUCAGAGUGCUGAAAGAGGAGGAGAGAAACACAAAAGAGGGAGUGGAGAAGAAGCUGAGGGGGAGAGCUGGAAAAUAAAGUGUGUGACAGAGAGAGAGAGAGAAAGGAGGAGGAGAAAUGAGGAGGAGAGCUGAGAGAGAAGAAAAAAGGGGGAAACUUAAUUCACCGUCGUGUCUCCAGCCUCUGAGAAACUCUCUGGAGCUGCAGGACUGAAUGCUAUCAGGACCGAGCAGGCAGCUGCCAAACCCACUGACACACACACACACACACACACACACACACACACACACACACACACACACCCACACACACACCCCGGCAGUGUUGGAUAUGACUCGUCCGCUGAGGUGGUUUGUUGUGGUGGACUCGCAGUGACAGUUGGGAAUAAGUGGUUUUCAUCCAAUCAGUGUGUUUCAUGAAGAUUAAGUGAAACCAGCAGGAUCUGACGACUCGGAUGUUUCCAUCGGAUGAAACGCAACAGAAAAGAUGUCGGUUAAGCUGCGAUUCGACUCCCCCUCAGAUGGAGGUCUGGUCCACAGGAGUCGCUCCUUCACUGGUUUCAGCUCUCUGACUGGCCGCAGACGGCCGCCAUCUGUGCGUAACUCUCUCCGCUCCAAAGCCAUGACUGGAGGUAAAUCUCCCAGAAUGCACCUGUCUCCCAGCAGGGGAGGAGCUAUCUGGUCUCUGCAGCCGGAUGAGGUCGACAGGGUCUUCCAGGCGCUACGCAAAGGACUCAAGGAGUUUCUGGAGGGUCACCAGUCAGAGAUGGACUUCCUGUUGUCCCAGCAGAGGGAGACCAAGAGGAACUCCAGACUGGCCUUUCUGUAUGACCUGGAGAAGGAGAUACGAGCAUCGGAGCGAUACAUACGAAGACUAGAAUUUCAAAUCAGCAAGGUGGAGGAGCUCUAUGAGACGUAUUGCAUCCAGUGGAGGUUGUGUCAGGGAGCCGUCAACAUGAAGAGAGCCUUCUCGCUGUCCCCGUCCACCAGAGCGUCCAGAGAGAGUCUGCUGGAGCUCAAUCGCAACCACAGACACAGCCUGCAGGACAUGUCGGUUAUGGAAGGAGAGCUGGAGAUCCUCCUCGGGGAGCUGCACAUCAAAAUGAAAGGUCUGAUCGGGUUUGCACGGCUCUGCCCCAGAGACCAGUACGAGGUGGUGGUGCGGUUGGGCCGCCAGCGUUGGAGGAUCCGAGGGAGGAUCCAAUCAGACGACACGCAGUCCUGGGAUGAAGAGGAGAUGGUCUUCCUCCCGCACAUACAUCAGAACUUCGAAAUCAAGGUGACAGAGGCGAAGGGUUUGGGUUGGCUACUGGUUGGCAUGGUGACGUGCGCGAGCGCAGACUUCUUUGUGGCGAAGCCGCAGCUGAUGCUGGUGGACGUCACGGAGCUGGGAACCAUCAAACUGCAGCUGGAAGUCACCUGGAAUCCGUUUGACAGCACUGAGAAGAUGAGGCCGCUGUCUGUCAGCAGGCAGUCGGUGUCCAGCAGAAAGAGUUCAGUUUACAGCUGGACGGCACCGAGCACCCCCUCCUUCACUGAGAAAUACUUCAUAUCGAUGGUGCGUGAGCUGCAGGACGGAGAAGGUUCCCUCCCGUCUCUGGUCUCUAAAAGUCGACACAACAGGGGAGGCGUGUCACUGCUCAGCUACCUGUCGGACCCCUCACACACCAGCGUCACUUCAAACCACAGCCCUCAAAGCCCCUACGCCCUCAGUCUCAAGCGGACUCACAGCUACCCCUCCAGCCACAGUCAGGGCACCAGCCUGGGAGGAAGCCAGACUCAGCUGUCCCUCGGGGAGGAAGAGUCCCUUGAGGGCUCUGCAGAGGAGAGGAAGAGGGUGGAGGAGAGGGAUGGAGGGGAGGACUGGGGAAGUGUGUUAGACGCUCGCUCUACACCAGCGGAGAAUAAAACGGGAUCCCUGCUGGCUCUGCAGAUGUCCAGCACUCCUGAUAUCCUCAGGAAGAACACGACUGGAGAAGCAGAGCCUGAGACCCACAGUGCAGCAGGACCGGACACUGUCAGCAUUCAGGACUCCCCAGAACGUCAGUCAUAUUCUGCCGCUGACUCGCCCACAUCCGCCGCCCGGCCCCCAGCCGUCACCACCUCCUCACCCACCGCCGCUGCCCCGGCCCGGGAGAGGCCGGGGGUGAGCGGUGCCCAGCGCAGGGCCCAGGCCGUCAGGCUGGGAGGCCUGAUCGCUGAGCUGGAGAAGACUUUACAGAACCAGAGCUGCUCUGAGAAGGAGCUGAGAGCCCUGGACCACCAGAUUCUGCACCUGGCAACCAUACUGAAGAACGACCUCUCCCUGCUGAGAAGCUCAUCAUCAGAGGAGACUCUGGCCGUGGAGGAAGUUCUGGGCAGCUUUGACUUCCUGUCACAUGACUUCAACGCAGAUGAUGACACUUCCUGUUUGGGCAGCCUGAGACUGAAAGACAGCGGCAUCAGUUCUUUCCAGCAGAGCACUCGGAGGAGUCUCGGCCUCCUCUCCCAGAACAGCCAAUCAGCUUCUGAGGAAGACUUUGUCAUUGCCCCUCUGAGUUCUGGAAACUGGGCUCUUGACCAGGCUCUUGAGACUCACCUGGACAUAUGUUGCAUCCUGCUGCAGAUGAUCCCAACGACCAACUUCAGCCCGUCCAGGAGGGAGCUGCUGGAGGAGAUGGCUCUGCAAGCUGAAGUCCUGGACAGAGUCAGCUGUGUGCUGCUGGAGAAGACCGACAACAUCUCUGCAGCUGACAUCCUCCCGAAGGCCCAGCGAACGAAGGAUGUGCUGUUGUUCUGGGAGGAGUGUGUGAGCGACAGCGGCUCUGCUUUCUGCUGCAGCUCUGACAGUUUCUCCAGGGCGCUAAAGAAACGUUACACACACAAGGUGAAGGCCAAGCAGCCCGGCCAAUCAGAAAAAGUGUUUUCUCAGCUCCUGCAGCAGCUCCAGACGGCCUGCCGGACGACGCCCAGCCCUCGGCCGGUCUGCAGCCCAGAGAGGGUCACCCUCUUCCAGCUGUCGGUGUAUCUGAAGCGCUGGAGCGUGCCGGAGCUGGGCGAGCACAUCUCACGCCUCUCCAAAGAAGAGUACAUCCUGUCAGCCCUGAGGAGCCCCAAAAGGAGGCGGGCUUUAAAUAAGCUGAGGGGGCGGAGCAUCGCGGAGCUCCUCCCGCUGGGGUGCACGCUGCAGACUCUGGCCGCCCUGCAGGUCGACUCCAACCACAAAGUCUGCAAAGCCGCUGCCAGCUGCCUCUGCAGAGCUGCAGGCUGCAAGGCCUUCAGGAGCAAGGCGGUGGUUUUCUACACAGAGAGUCUGAAAAGCGUUGAUGUUCAGAUCCAACAAGGCUCCUGUCUGGCUCUUAAAUGCCUCAGGGCGACAGAGAGUGUGGACCACAUCGCAGAUCUGUGGCGAUCAGCGGAUGAAGAUCUUCGCAGCGCUGCCAGAGAGACUGUCCUCUCCUUUGGUAAAAAGGGCUACCUGGCCUUCCAGAGGAUGGACCAGCUGUACACCGAGAUGCAGGAGGAGGCUUAUCAGAACCAAGAGACCGAGAUGACCUACCUAUAGGAGACCGGUCUGGACCUGAAUCCAGCAGAGGGUUUGGUUUUUCCUGACGGGACAUGAAGAGUCUCAAUGAUCCUGACUGUGUGGGCGAGAGACUACGUUUGAACAAAGCUCGUGUCCGAGUUGGAUAAAGCUUUACGAGGUAACACGGGGACAAAGAGGAACAGCUUCCUCUGGAUGGAUCGUCGAUGUUUUCACUCCAAAGCUCUGAUUUGCUUCAUCCUGUGACCAGAGAAGUGACUUUACUGGGAUCUUGAAUUUAUUUUGGUCAAAUAUGUAAGUUUUGUUUAAAGAAGACGGAUUCUGUUCCAGUUAUUUAACCUGCUAACCUGUGCAGCUUUAACGUUAUUUCUGCUUCACCAGUGUUGGGACUCAAUAAGGUCUAUGUUGUUUUAGUUGGAAAAUGAAGGAAAAUUUAUUAUUUCACAUAAUGUGAAGAGUGUGAUUAAGAGGCAUAAUGAGUAAAAGUCCUAAAUAUCAUGUGAACAUUAAACCCUGAGGGGUGAAAUAAAUCCCUGCUAACAGGAUCAAACCGCGUGCGAUCAGGUUUUAAUGGAGGAGCAGCCGUCAUGCAGGAGGACUGCACAGAUCGACCUGCGGCAGGUUGCUUUUUCUCUGAGCUGCACUUCCUUUCCUUGUUUUUAUGAGCUUUUGAAUGCUUCGUAGAAGGAAGGUAAAAUGGCUGCUGAAAUGUUUCCACAAUCAGGAGCUGUGACAUUCAGGGACGCCGGAGGAUUAGAAGACAAACUGCUCUGGCAGGCAGCCAGACGCCGUUGAAGAGGUUUUACUCUGCUCUCCUGAAUCUCUUCUCCCAGCGAGGUUCCUGCUCUGCGCAUCACACGUGUGCAGCCGCUGGAUGUCACGGGCUGACGAAAGCAUGUCGUCAUGUGACAUACAUAAAGCAUGUGCAUCGAUUUGGAUUGAUUUAGCUUGAAGGAGGUGACAAGUCUGAGGCAACGCUCACAAGGAGUUGAUCCAAAAUGUGGGACCAGUCUUAAAACCCUGAUUCCAAAAAAGUUCUGGAUGCUGUGAGACGUAAAUAAAAGCAGAAUCAAUCAUUUCAUCAAACUGUGUUUCCUGACAGCAGUUUUUCUGAAGUGUUCCUGAGUCCAUGUAUCAUCAAAUUCAGAUUAAGCAGAUACUUUUAAAUGAUGUUUCUUUGUGUUUUUUACAGCGUCACAGCUUUAUUGGAAUCAGGGUUGUAUGACUGCUCCGUCGCUGAUGAUCCAUUAACUGAUUACAUAAACUCGUAGUGAACUAGUGAUACAUCCUCUCCUGUGUCAGAUGAGUCAAUGGGUACAUCCCAUUUCUCAAAAUUGCAUCCUCGUUUCCCUCACUUGCGUGUUUUCCUUGCGUCUUAGUCCCUCCCACCAGGGAUGCAUGAGAGGACACAAGGAAA